UUGAAAAUUAUAGUACAAUUUGUAUCGGGCAAGAUGGUGUCGACGAGGCAGAUGAGUAGUAUAGGUGGUGGUAGUGGCAGUGGUGAUGGGGCUGGGCCGUCUCACGCGGAGGCAGUGACGGUGGCGCGGGUAACACGCCACUCCAGUGGCUUACUCCCCGGGGGCUCUUCGCCGCACGCCGGCAGAAGCAUCAUACAAGCACCCAAAAGCUUUAACACCAAUAUGCUGGACAUGCCCAUAGAAGUUUUAGAAAAAAUAUUCCGCUAUCUAGGAUUCAAAAGCGUAUCCCACUUGAGAAUGGUUAACCGACAAUUCAAUACAAUAUGCAGUAGUAUGCUCAAUUCAACAUUUCAAAAGCUUCAAAACCAGAUGCUUAAUCGUUUCCAAGCAAUCAAAGCUAAGAUGCCCCGUCGUGAAUCAGCCAGACGAAGCCACCCUCUUGCUUGUGAAUCGGACAUCAUUGAAACUCUUCACAUGAGAUUGAGUUUGCUACAAAUGACCUUUGGUAAACACAUUGAGAGGAAACACUGUUGUUUUUUUCCUGGAGAGAUUCUGGAUGAGGUUUAUAGUAUUUUGUCUUAUUUAAAAACAACAACUAAAUUAGCGAGGCCUUACAAAGUGACCGACGAGCUUUUUGAUCUAACUACCAUGGCAAUGGAGUACUUCAAGGAACACAUUGAACCAAAUCUACCAGAGAUCACAUAUUUUGGUACAGACUUUUUUGAUAUAACCACAGCAUUUUCACCUAAAUCUGGCUACGAUAAGUUAUUUGAAAGCCACAAAUUGACCGAUUGUAAUUAUCAACAAAAUAUAUUGCUAGCAACCAACCGUGAAUACGCGGGAGAGUCGAGUAAAUCCUACAUGUGUUUGGAUUCGCCUCCGCCCAGUGGCUUUGAGUCUCAACAGGCGAGUAACACAUCAGAGCGUCACGUGUCCUCGCUGAACCUCUACAUGGAGGAAAGCCUACCACCAUCACCGCCGCCGCCGCAGAGCAAUAUGGUGUUGAGGAAAAGAAUACAUAGGAUCAAACAGGGAAUGAAGAAGUACAACGAUCAACUGUCGGCUUUACGGAGCGAUCUGAGGAGUUGUAAACGUAAAACUGCGUUACAACAGAAACAAAUCGCGGAACAACAGAAACAGAUCGCUGAACAACAGAAACAAACUCUGGAAUACGCGAACCGUUUGGACGACUAUGAUAAGAAGAAUGAAGAGACCAGUAGAAAAUUUCAAACUUUAUUACAGGAGCUGAACAAAUGUAAAACAGAGCUACAGUACUGGCGUUCCCGUUCACCGGCCGUGCCUCCUCUAUGUGCGGAGUGUGGGGCUUCGUUGAGACUAUCACCAGCACCUACACUACAGUGGGCAGCCAGUUCAAGUACGGAGACAAAUGAAGUUGAAACCGCCAGUGGGAGUAAAAUUGUCGAAACGCCAGUCGAGGUCAAAGACAAAGACGGCAAGGAUAGCAAUAACAAGGAUAGCAACGUAAAAGACAGCAAUAGCAAGGAUAGCAACGAGGAUACAAGCACGCCGCCGUCACGACGCAGAGCCUCCGCUGAUGCCACCACUCCCGAUAGAAAGAAGAGGCGACUAACACGACCAAGAAAACUAUAA